ACGAAUGUGUCGGAUUGCUUCUACGACGAGAAAAGAAUGGAAUUUCUAUUUGACAAAAGAUUGAAGUGCAUUUAUGAUACAUUUCUGGGUUUUACACGGCAGGUGCUUUGGUUUUUCAGUCAGUUCCGUGCUCGUUAUAUUGCCUUGUGCUUUGAAAAUCCAAAAGAAUGGUUACACAAAAAAAUAUUCGAUAUAUACACAUAUGAUAUUGAAUCUUUGGAUGGAGAAAUGUGUAACGAAGAUCUUGGAAUGAGUGAUGGGAGCAUUCAAAAUGAUCAGAUUUUUGCCUCACCAUCCUCAAAACGCAACCCACCAUUCAAAGCAAGGCCUUCCUCUACUGGUUGGUGCAUUGACAAAACGAUGGAUGCAAACACUUGGAUUAUGGUUGAUUUGAGAUCAAAAACGAAAAUUGAAGGUGUUACUUUAUUCCUAAUGUCAAAUGCCAAUUGGGAGUCUGUUCAUCUCUUAUUUGGAAAUCAGACGGACAAUUUUAGCGUGUCUGACUUGAAGUUUACAAUUGAUGUCGAAAAUUUUACGUCUGAACUUCACCAGUCAUUCUUUCUUCAAAACGCAGUUACAGCUCGUUUUAUAAAGCUACGAUUAAAUGGAAGUCUUGGGAUAGAUCAAUCAUGUCUACGAUUCGAAAUCCAUGGAUGUAAACUAACAGGAAUAUCAUUGUCUCAAGAAUGUGUCCUCGAGGACAAUAUUACACGCAUUGAAGGGAUAGCUGGUGUUCAAGAUUCUCAAAAAGAUAAUAAUUACGACAAUUUCACCGAUUCAAACAUUAAUAUUGAAGGUGACUACACAGAUGAUGAUGAUGAUGAUGAUGAUGAUGAUGAUGAUGAUGAUGAUGAUCAGUAUUAUGCUUCAUCAGGUCAUGCUGAGAGUAACAAAAAUAAUAAUUUAUUAAUAGAUAAUGAGUUUGGCUUAAAUGAUAGUGAGAACAAUGCCAAGUCGGGAACUAUGGAUACAGAAAUAACAGCAGAACAAAAUAACACAGAUUUAACAACUGACACGUGUAUUUUGGGUAAGAUACAAAUUUCACUUUUGGUACUGAUAUAUUUCUUUUGUAAAGAUUGACAACCGUUAAGCAAGAAAAUCUCAUAAAACUCAUAAAUGUAACAUGACAAGUAAAUGAACCCGUCAUUUAUAUUGUUCCGGAUUCAGAAAGUGUAUGUUCCUUGAGAAUUUGAUUCCAUGCAGAAAUCUGGUUGCCAUGGCAACUAAAAGAAUUUAUAAGAAUAAAUUUUAAACAUCCACGCGGCCUAAGGCUUAGAUAAUU